UAUCCUCUUGUAAUUCCCAGCUCAAGAUUCCUCCAUAAAUCUUUUGAUUGAUCUGUCAUGCACCAUUAUGACAUCUACUUGAAUCUGUAACUAACCAACCAUCCCGCUGUAACCAUUGUUUCGUUUCUCUUUUUUAUUUUUUUCUUACUGCAAAGGCAUCAUAAUUACACUUAACAAAACCUUUGGGGCUGGUGUUUUUGUAUCUUGAAAUCAGAGUGCUGCCACUGAUUAAAGAGGUCCUUUGAGAAUACUGUUCCCUUUUUUGGCACUGUUAUAGUAAGAUUGCCACUGCGAUUGUUUUCUACUAUACAACAAGAGGUUUCUGCUCUUCCAUAUACACGCCAGAGAAUAUGGUAAUCACUUAUUUCAUAUAUGCUCAUAUUACUGUUGCAUUCUAUUAUAUAUCCCUUAUCUUCAUGUCAAAGGUCGCAUUGUAGUCACUGAGGAUUUGAUAUGGAGGUUGUGCUCCUCUGCAUUACUCUUGUGCACAGUGACAAUAAAAAAAAAAUUAUGAAUAGUUUUGGUUAGCACAAAAUUAUGCUGAUUGCCGAUUUAAACAGAGCAAAAAUUCGGUUCGGUUCAAUAUUUAUAUUAUUUGGUUGAUGAAAAUUUUGCCGAAAUUAACUAAAGUUUUUGGUUAUGAUAAAAAAAUUCAGAUUUUUGGGUUUUCUAUUGUUGGGUUCAAAACUGUAACUUGGUUCAGAAUUUUGGUGAGAGUUGGUAUGGUUUGGUUUAUCUAAUGACCGAAAUUUAUUUCAGAUGUACCGAAUUAAACUAAACUCCCCUAAUCGUAGUAAACUGGAACUGAAAAUUUCAGUUCGGUUCGGAAAAAGACUUUCACAUCUCUUUACAAUGGGUUCGCAGUCCAAUAUUCUUACAAUUAUAGGACUUGGAUAAAAAAUAUUUAAAUAUUUUUUCCCUUGGAAAAAAAGAAAAAUUAACAUUUGUCUUGGCUCCUUCUCCUUCCCCAAAACCUGGAGAACCAUGCAGUUUGCCAAUUUCUACCUUCUCUAAUUCCAAUCACCACGAUUUGUUUUCUCCUGUUCGCCAUCUCUUCCAAUGAGUUCUAGAGACAGAGGAUCAUCAUCAUCAUCAUCUUUACCAGCAAUGGAUGAGUAUAACGAAACCGUCAAGAAUCAGAUACAAGCGCUUGUUCGUGUUAUCAAAGUCGCUCGUGCCUAUAGAGAAGACAAUGUCCCUUCCCUUAUCCAAGAGGGUCUUUAUCUUGGAUCCGUGGCUGCAGCUUGCAACAAGAACCUCUUGAAAUCUUACAACGUUACCCAUAUCUUAACCGUAGCUUCCUCCUUGAGACCUGCUCACCCUGAUGAUUUCCUCUACAAGGUUGUUCGAGUUGUGGAUAAGGAAGACACCAAUUUGGAAAUGUAUUUCGAUGAGUGUUUCGAUUUCAUUGAUGAAGCCAAGAAGCUAGGCGGUAGCGUUCUUGUCCAUUGCUUCGUUGGCAAGUCACGCAGUGUCACUGUAGUUGUUGCUUACCUCAUGAAGAAACACGGAAUGACUUUAGCCCAAGCAUUGCAACAUGUUCAGAGCAUUAGACCUGUGGCAAGUCCCAACGCCGGUUUCAUCAAGCAAUUACAAGACCUCGAAAAGUCUUUACAAGGUAAUAAUGCCUUCUCUGUUUUUCAACUCAUAUAGUCAUAUGCAUACUUACUGUGUCUAUGACAUCUUGGUGUCUUCUGUUCUUUUACUUUGUCUGUCUAGUGCAAUAGUAGAUGAAGAUAUGAGACUGACCUGACUCGUAGGAUGAAAAUCAAAUUGUUGUGGAGGAACAAGGCCGUUCAUUCAUGUUUAUAACUCUAGUUACUUGGAUCUUACUCUCUAAAACAGGAAAGCAAGAACGGAUAGCACAAUAUCAAGCGUGAAGAACCCACCAAGAUCGUACCUUUUAGGAGAAACUUGUAAAUCUCACACGAAGCAUCAUCGUAUGUUUUGUUGUUUCUCCUUGACAACUUGAUAAAAAACAUGGAAACGAUUCUGUAAAUUUUCUUUGUUUCAUGAAUGUCACAGUCUAAAAUUUGUGAAUAUUUUGAAUUAUAACAAAACCACAUACAUCUCAUCUCUUCAUAUGCUAUAUUUGUAUAAGUGUUGUGUAUAUACUGUCAAAAAUAGAAAACUAGAGAAAGACUUAGCAGUCAUUUCAUUGGAUUCUCUAUUGUUGAGCAGUAUACAUAUAGAUUCUCAAAUAGUUUUACAUUACGCUCUUUCAAAGUCGAGAGAUGAAAAAGCUAAGUGUUGUGGAGUAACAAACAGUUCAUGUAAAUACAUCUUACUUGCAUCUUCCUCUCUCUCUAAAACAGUAAAGAAAUAAUGGAUUGCACAAUGUCAGCACAAAGAUCAUACCCUUUGAGAGAAACUUGUAAAUCUCACACCGUGUUGGUUUUUGGACCGUUCUCCUCAGAGCAUGUAAUGCCGAAGGAGAUAUCUAGAGAGAAUUCUAGAGCUGAAAUCCUACUUGGUCUACUACACAUGUAACUAUCCAAUAUGUAUUAAUGAGAAAUGGAACGUGGUCCUUAUGUUUAUAAACAUAACGAUACAUUCAUGAUCAUAAUAAGAUUAUUGUAUAAUUAUAUGGAGACAUUCAGUUGAUCAUAAUGGAUGACGUUUGAUAAGUCCCGCGAGACACCAAAGAAUUGGGAAAAUUCUUCAUUUUAGUCUAACCAUUAUUCUAUUAUAUGUCUACAAUGCUGACUAUUUCUAAUAUGUUAAUUAGUAGUAAACAUAUGCUGAAAUUUUUAUGAUUGGCCAGUUACAAGCGUUAUUUAGGUUCAUAGUAUACAUGGCUUCUUUUAGUCCAAUAUUUGGUCCAUAUUAUUUACAGUCACUAGAGUUUACACCACGCUAUUAGUGAGGUUACCUACAGUUGUUAUUGUCCCUCUAUGUUGCAACAAUCCAACAUUAGUUUUAUGAACUUGUAAGUUUUCUUUUCUUUUAUGAAUGUGGUAUUUAAGUUUAUAAACAUAACAAUAUAUUCAUGAUCAUAAUAAUAUCCUUAUAUAUUUAUAUUUAUGUAAAAUUUCAAAAUUUUAUGUUCAUUUUACAUUUGAAUGAUAUUAUCCUCCAAAUCAAGUUUACAUCCCUAAAUUAUUAUAAUUUUCAUUUUCAAAAAUAUGAUGAAAGAACCACAAAAGGUUGAAGUAUUUUGAAUCAUACAUUUCAUAAAAGACGCAUUCUAACCAAAAUAUGAAACAUAGCGAUUAGAUUUUAUGAUGGGUUCACCACACAUACAAGUAUCAUAAACAAUUUUCAGUUUUGUAGAUCGAGCUUUCAUAUAUGGAAAAUAACUUAUUUCUAUAGAUUAAUUGCUCUUAUAUAUCCAUGUUUUAGAUUCAUGUUAGAAAUUUGUGAACAAUGCAAUAUUAGAAUAUAUAUAUAUAUAUAUAUAUAUAUAUAUAUAUAUAUAUAUAAAAUCUGCAACUGUUUGCUCUAUUUUUCAAGAAAUAUCAGCCUAAAAUCAAAACAAAUAGUUAAGAAACAAAUUCAACAUUCUUUUGUCUUGUUGGUAAAAAGUGUCAUAAUUUUUUUCUAAAUUGUUUCAAUUUUUCAUUCAUCCUCUAAUCCUUUAUAUAUUAAUUGAGAAACAUUACAAUAUUAUCUUUAUUUUGUAGUCACGUGUCAUUAUGAGAAUGAAAUUCAUAAUUCUUAGAGAAAUAGAUUGGUCCAUCUUAACUUAUAUUAUACUUUUUAUUAAAUUAACUAUUAAUUUGAUAAAUAGUGUACAAAAUAAUAUUCUCGUAUUUUCCUUAAAUAAAAUCUACGAAAUUGCCUAAUAUGGUUAACGUAUAUAUGACAAUUAAUUAUUACGAAUAAUAAAUAUCUGAUAAUAAUUUUUGUAUCUUAGCUCUUUUUUGCUUAAUUUCAUAUUAUUAAAAUAUAUUAAACAACCACAUUAACCAUAUAUAAUAAUAAAAUAUUUUUUUUUCUUAUAUGUUAUAUUUUGAAUUGUUAAAAUGCCUAGAAAUUACUAAAAACGUUAAAUGUCUCACACUAAAUUUUGUGAUCAAUGGUUUAACCUUUUUGGUAAUAACAAGAUACAAAUGAUCAUAAAUCGUAUGAAUAUGAAGUCUCAUUUACUAGACAUUCAUAUUAUAUAUUAAUAUAGUUUAAAAUUAAACUAUAUGACAUAUAAAAAUACUUAAAUAUGAUAAUUUCUAAAUUUGUAUUGAAAAAUUAUUGUAACCUUAAUAUUUAAAUUUUGAUAUU